AUGAUCCCUCGGGCCGACGUGUCCCUCCGAUUGAGACGCAGUAGUGACAUACCAGAGCGGUGUCGUCUGAGCAACACCUCCUCGUCUUUCCUCCGCUUCAUCCCCAACGAAGUGAGUGCCAACAGCCGGCCCAGUCCCAGGCCGAAACCCGAGCCCGCCCCCCCCGUCCCAGGCCGAAACCCGAGCCCGGCCUGCCCACCGGGGGGCGGUCAUGCGCUCAUUGUCGAAGGAGGAGCCGAUGAAGACGCCGGAGAAUUGGACUUCAGCGUUCUCCUGAAGAAAAGAGCCAAAAAGAAGCAGGAGAAGGAGGAGGAGGUGAACGUGUGGGACAUCCUGAAAAAGGCCAAUCCCUGCGACUACGAGAAGAUCGCGUUUCAAUACGGGAUCACGGACCUGCGGGGGAUGCUGAAGCAGCUGAAGGCCAUGAAGAAGAUGGAGGAGGCCAAGAGCGACGCUGGAUGGACUGUGUCUCAGCUGGAGGAACUGUCUCUCAGCUGGAUGGACUGUGUCUCUCAGCUGGAUGGACUGUCUCUCAGCUGGAUGGACUGUGUCUCAGCUGGAUGGACUGUGUCUCAGCUGGAUGGACUGUGUCUCAGCUGGAUGGACUGUGUCUCAGCUGGAUGGACUGUGUCUCAGCUGGAUGGACUGUGUCUCAGCUGGAUGGACUGUGUCUCAGCUGGAUGGACUGUGUCUCAGCUGGAUGGACUGUGUCUCAGCUGGAGGAACUGUCUCUCAGCUGGAUGGACUGUGUCUCAGCUGGAUGGACUGUGUCUCAGCUGGAUGGACUGUGUCUCAGCGGAUGGACUGUGUCUCAGCUGGAUGGACUGUGUCUCAGCUGGAGGAACUGUCUCUCAGCUGGAUGGACUGUGUCUCAGCUGGAUGGACUGUGUCUCAGCUGGAUGGACUGUCUCAGCUGGAUGGACUGUGUCUCAGCUGGAUGGACUGUGUCUCAGCUGGAUGGACUGUGUCUCUCAGCUGGAUGGACUGUGUCUCUCAGCUGGAUGGACUGUGUCUCUCAGCUGGAUGGACUGUGUCUCAGCUGGAUGGACUGUGUCUCAGCUGGAUGGACUGUGUCUCUCAGCUGGAUGGACUGUGUCUCUCAGCUGGAUGGACUGUGUCUCAGCUGGAUGGACUGUGUCUCAGCUGGAUGGACUGUCUCUCAGCUGGAUGGACUGUGUCUCUCAGCUGGAUGGACUGUGUCUCAGCUGGAGGAACUGUGUCUCUCACUAA